CCUGUAGUAAAGAUGUCCCGAAUUUUUGAAUCGGCGAUCAGGUUCCUCUCUUCUGCUGGAGAUUUUAGUAUUCUCUCCUUUCUUUUGCAUUAUUAUCUGUUUGGUUUCUGGGAAACCUCAGGAAAAUAAUAUCAAAACAGGAGUUCAACCUCAUUCUUAGUUUGAAAGUAAAAAAGUACGAAAAACUGAGUCAUUUAUCCAGUUUUUGCUUCUCCCCCAUCUGCAGGGACACAAAGGAUUUUUCUUUUUCUCUCCUUUUUAUUUUUUUAUUUUUUUUGCUUCAAUCAAACAAGGAAUUUCAUUCCUUAGAUUUUAACUUGUUUCAUGGUGAUUAUUUUGAUUGCAGGAUUGUUAAAAUUUGAUAGCACUUUCUUCUUCACCAGAUGGUAGUUGGUGGAGCUUAAGAAUGCAGAAACUAAUGGUGGGUAUCUGCUGAAUUUCAAUACAAUCAAAUAUAUCCAAGUCCUAGAUUAGGUACAUUUUUAUGAUGCGGGUGCUUUUUCUAAUCCUUGAAUUCUAAAUUUCUGUCCAAGUAUUGUUGAUAUGGUCCAGUUGUUGAAUAUGUUGCAUACAUAAUGUUUAAAAGUUUCGGUGUCUCUGUUCUGGGAUGAUGCUGCUUAGCCAAAUCAGACAUUGAUGUGCUCCGUAAGGCAUCCUCUUUGAAGAAAUAUCUGGUGGUUAUUGAAGAGGUACAUAUGUGAUCUCUUUGGCAAUCUGAUCUAGCUUCAGAAGGAUGCCUUUUGUAGAAGCGUUUCUCUGGUGAUAACCUAGAGAUUGGUUGCUUCUGACCAGAAUUUUAUUCCUAUUUUGUCUAUCCAUUUUGCUCAAUCAUGAUUCUUAAUAUUCAUAAUGGCUUGGUUUUGUGAGAAGUUCCAUGUUAUUGUUUUGUUUAAUUAGUUCAAUUUCCAACUAACCUAUUUGAAAUAAGGAAAAGAGAAAAGUAAAAAUCAGGAUUUCUUGGCACUUAAAAUGCCAGGACUACUUGGGCAAGAUGAUUUUCAGAGAGAGAAAGCACUAUAUAUGCAUGUACACUUGAAUGAAAUUGCGGAUGCUGCUGUUGAAGCAGACACAAUGGCAGCCCUAAAGAAGGAAUACAACCUAAUUGGUGCUAUCAGUUGACGAGGUGCAUCAUUGGUACCACAAAUUUCUAACAGCAGGUGUAUAUAUGUAUAGUUUAUAUAUAUUCAAGUAGUUUACAACUCGUGUAUGCUCAGUUCUCCUAAUAUGAACAGCUUGUGCAACAUGAUUUGAGGUGAGAGUCCCUUUUUCAAGCAGCAAUGAUGUUACUUGAUGGAGGAGGGAAAGGAAUUUCUUUGAAUGUAUAGCUGCAACAGGUUGUGGCAGUGAGAAAAAGGAUGGUGUUUGGGGUGAUAGUCAAAUGUCAUUAUGAGAAAUUAUAGUCUGGAUUGUUGAGUGUUCAUGAUUCAUCCUUAGUUGUUUUGUGAAAGAAUCUAAUCAAUGCAACCUAACCUC